UUUUUUCUUCUUCCUUAAUUCGUUUUUAUUUUUAUUUUUCAUCAAUCAAAUCUCUAGUUUAAGAUUCUCGACGAUUCAUAUAAUCUUUAGUUUCUUACUUCCUCAGUUCAAAAAAAAUCUUCUCUUGGAUUUUUUUAUUUUCUUUCUCUGCUGUAUGAUCCAUCAGCUUCUCUUCCUUUCUGUAUUCAGUUUAAACUAUUUAUAAAGCUAUGGCGUUUCUGAGUGGCGGUGGUGGUUUUGAGAUCAUCAAGUCGAAAAAUCGUGAGUACCAAGGAUUAGGGUUAGGGUUUGUGAGGUUUACUCGUGGGUUAGGGAGGAAAAGGAUUCUCAUUUCUAAAUCAAAUUCUGAUCUUUUAGCUCAUCCGGCUGCAGCAAAUGAUUCUUCACCGCCGCCGCCGCCGCAAGAAUCUAACCGGUCUCUUCUUGAAUCCCUUCAUCAAGAUAUUUUGAUUCGAGUACUUUGUCAUGUGGAUCACGAGGACCUCUCUACACUGAAACGUGUAUCUAAAACAAUACGAAAAGCUGUAAUAGAAGCAAAGAAGUCGCAUUUUGAUUAUAGCACACCAAAGAAGAGACUUCCUUUUAGAGAAGCUGUAUUAAUCAUGGAGGAAGAUUCAAAUUCGAAUUCGGAUUUGAGUAAUCAGAGCGAUGAGAUUGAGCCACCCAAUGCACCAGUUCGAAGGAGGAGUAUUAAUCGGGAAUCAGAUUUGUCAAAUAUCUCUAUGGUUUUGUUUAAAUGAUGAUUGAAGAGGAGGCUCGAUCUCAGCUAAUUUGUGUGUGCAGAAGGAAAGAAAGAAAGAGACAGAACAAGAAGAAGACAUAGAAGAAGAAGAAGAGUUUGCUUUUGCUUCAAUUCUUUUCAUUGAAGCUUUUUCUUUAAUUAUUAUAUUUACUGAUCAUCAUGUGAAUAUAACUAUUAUUUGCAGACUCUUGGAAGGUUUAAUUAUAAAAUUAUUUGUGAAUAAAAAUUAUAUUUUUUUCCUA